AUCCAACCAGUAAUCGUAGGAAAGUCAAAGUGUGAACAACUUUAAAGUAGUGAGACACUAUCGGUGCUUAAGUGAUACGCGCGCGCUGUGUCCACAUAUGUGUUAUUUUUUCGAGUUUUUUUUUCUUAAUUUAGUAUUUACAUUAUCUUUCCACAUAAAUAAAUUUUUGGAAGAAAGGUGAUUAUGUCUACAAUAGAAAUUUUGUGUGUGUUUUCAUUUGGGGUUUUUUUUUGAAUAAAUAAAAAAAAAUGUAAAUAUUCCUCCGUUCAACUUAUAAAUGCCGUCUAUUAAAAAUCUUUUUUUUUUUCAUUUUUAAAUAAAAAAUAAAUUUAAAAAAAGAAAGGAAUUGUAUGCCUAAGGAAACGACUACAACAAAAUGAAAUCAAUUGUUGUUUUUCCUCCCGUCUAAAUAACAAAAAAAAAAUUGAUGUGAAUUAAUAAUUCUAAAUUUAAUUAAAACUCGUAGAUAGUUUUGUUAUUGUAUUUAAAAUAGGAGAAAACAAAACAACAGUGCUUAUACGAACCAUAUGUCUAUUUAUGCAAUGUUUUUAUGUGGUCCAUAUAAUACAUAUAUUCCCAAUAAUCAUGAAUGUGUAUAAUAAUAUGCUCUUGCACAUUUGUUUAUAAAUAUGCUACACAUAUUGCAUAUACUAUAUGAAUAUAAUAUAUGCUCAUCAACAUAAGAAUUUAUGAAUGAAAUGAUUAUAAAAUAAAGUUUAAAAAAAAACAUUGUUUAAGCAAGUAGAUAUUUUUGAAACAUAAAAAAACGAACCUUUAUCUUCUCUCAACUUUCAAGUUUCAAAAUAAUAUACACAAAAAAAAAACGCGCGCAAGAGAGAAAAAAAUACAAAAAUCAAAUGUACAACAUUUUAGAAAUAGCUUGUGUGGUGAUGUGAGACAUGGGUAUGCAAUUAAUAUUAUCAACUGAAAUUAUUUAUUUUACUUCUUGUUUGGAUAUUUUCUCAAUAUAACAUGACCAUUUUGUAUCGAUGGGUUGGCAAUGUCAAAUUUUUAUACGAAUACUGCAGAUAACCGGAAGGCUUCCGUGUCAUCAAACAAUGAGUCGAACAGAAUAAAGAAAGAGCCGUCAUCGCCGUCAUGUGCAUUGCUGAGCACGGCAAAUUUUGAAUUCAUUGAUGCCGAUAUCCAUCCGGGCAGCAAUGGGGUCAGUAAACUUUCCGAUGAAAUCGAUUGUGCAGCCAAAACUAGAUGCAUUCGCACUGCAUGUGAAGAAAGUCCCGUUCCGAAGAUCGAAAAUCACAAAAAUCUUCUGGAGAAACAAACGUACAAAAAGCCUGAUUUCAAAAUGAAAUUCGAAAAUGAUCGGAACGAGUCGAAUGGUCGCAGCAACAUUGUAGCAAAGGAAGUAGAUAAAAAAUGUGAUAAUGUAACUGUUGGUGCUAGUUUUAAUACGGAUGUCGGAUCAAGGAAAAUAGCCUGCAAAAAUCACAAUUCCGACAAUCCGUACGCUGAAUUGGAAUUUUAUUUGGAAAAUGUGAAGAAAGAAAUAAACGAUGUGCUGCAGCAGUUUAAUUCAAACGAUGAGAUUGACGGCUCCGGCGGGCGACGUAGCUUAAAACGAAACAGUAAAAUUAAACCAAAGGUGAAAAUCGAUCACGAUAAUCCCAAAUACAUAGAAACCAAUGAAUGGGCAAACAAUGUCCUGAAGGAAUUGGACAACAUCAAAUUAUAUGACGAAAAAUCGAAUCUAGCAUCUGGUACCGCGAAAGCUGAUGGCGAGAUAAAUGUUUGCAAUAUUCCAAAACCAAAAAAACAUACAUGCAUUGCACUUCAGUCAUUCCAAUUGGACGGUACGUCGAGUAAUGAAAUUGUAAAUAAAGACAAAACUACAUUGGGAACGGUCGAUGUGCCCAUCCAAAACGUACUGAAAAUCAACGAACCAUCCAAUCUUGAGAAACGGUCAAUAUCGACGCAAACUAGUCUGAAGAAAUGUGACAAUGAAUCUACCUCGACCAUUUGGACAUCCGACGAAAAUUUAUUGAAAAAUGAUGAGAACAUCGACGAAGACAAUAAAUCCACAUCGUCGUCGGCUUUCGAUGAACCGUAUCCAACGCUGAGUUCGGGGAAGUCGGGUAACUCAUUGGAUUCAUCGGAAAUUGAAAAUUGCAAUACGGAAAGUGGUUUUGAUACGUCAACGCCACCGAUCACAGAGAUGAAUCGCAUCAGAAGCAUGCCGAAGCGUCCGGAUCCCUUUUCCAUAUCCCGAUUAAACAAUUUCACGUGGGUGCGAACAGAAAGUGUAACGACCCAAACCAGUCCAGUACUAAUACAUUCCGGUCCAUUUUUCAAAAUGAAUUCAACCGACGACCCCGAUCUAUUGGAGGUGUUAAGUCUGUGCGGCGCCCUAACGGAUCAAAAUGAUUUCGACGAGACCGGCUGCGAUUUCGAUAGCGUUGACAAUGUGCUCAGUAUUGGCGACGAGAGAGAAGAAUUGGUGAAGGACAGAUGCAAUAAUAUUGUCGGCAAAAAUGAUAGAUAUGCGUCGAAUCGAUUCGGCACACAGCCGAGAGUAGCCGCACAUCAUUCGGACAAUUUUACGAAUUAUUUCAAAUAUUCAACGAUACGAUCGACGGAUAAGGAAGCCCAGAACAGCAGCAAAGAUGAAUCUUUUCACAAUGUGUCCGAUCAACCGUUUCCGAGUACUGCAUCGUUGCACAGCGGUCACAAUAUCGGUUUACAAGAGCUAACUACGAAAUCGAAUUCGGCGCCAAUUCUACUGAAAAAUGAAAGAAAAAAGGACUACCUACAGAGUAUGCGUUGUUCCCGCUCUCAGAGUGAUAGAUAUUUAGCUGAAAUUGAAGCAACGGAGGCAUGUCAAUGGCUACGAGCUGCUGGCUUUCCACAGUAUGCUCAAAUGUAUGAAGAUCUUCAAUUUCCAAUAGACCUGAGCAAGGUUGCAAAAGAUCAUCCAUUUUUAGAAAAUGAUCCGCUACAAUCGUUAUACAGAAGACUUGUGGCUCUCAACAGAUGUGCAACGAUGCGUUUGGACAGCACGCACAAACAUGGAAACAAAGACGAAUCUGAAGAAGAUGAAUACGCUUUAAGCGAAAACUGGACAUUCGAGCAAAAGAAUCGACGCUGGUCAAGAGUAUGCGAAACAGACUUAAAUAUUCCCGCAAAUCUGUUCGACAACAAAGAAAAAACGUCUCCAUCAAUCAAUUCGAGCACGGAAAAUCUGGACACAAACAAUGCGGACGGCAUUGGUUUCUCGACGCUUCCGCACGGAACAUCAUUCAGUUCGAACGAAAAUGAACAGUUACCGGUACGAUUCCGUAGAACUGGUAGUGAGCGCCUAAAAGACGGAGCUAAAGCAUUUUUGCGUCGCGUCGAAUCGAUAAAAUCGCGUCGACGGAAAAAACAGAAUCGUGACGGUGUCAUAAUUAGUGGUGGACCGGAAACGCUGGAUCUUGACGACAUCAACAUGAAAUUAGCCAAUUUGAAAUGUGUCGACAUCAACAAAACCAAAUCGACGCCACCAUCACCGAUACCUACUAGUCCUAGUCCAUAUUCAAUAAGUACAAAGAGUCCGCUGAUCAACAAUAAUGAUUUACUGAUGGUCACCGACUACAUUAAGUAUCAAAACCAAAAUCGACUUAGUCCGAACCAUUGUCUGGGUAGAAAAACACAAAUGUCCAAAUCGAAUCGAACUAGUCCGUUGCACUUCUUUUCGCACAGUGCAAAUGUUACAUUGGAUUUCAAUAAAUCGGGUGACGAUACAUCGUCAUACUAUAGUGAUGCCAGCCAAGAAUCGAGUGGCGGUGGUGGUGGUGGUGGUGGUGGUGGUGGUAGUGGCACCAAGAAACGGCCGUCAAAAACAAAAUCAUUCCUGCAAAAAGGACGUGUCGAGGAUAUCGGUGCAAUGUCAGACUCCGAAUGCCAUCAGUUCAGGUCGAGAAAAUUCAGACAAUUGGGCGAUGCUUCUGCCACACAACCGUCAGAUCAGACGCUCAAACCGUCAAAACUGUUGCGGGGAGGAUCGUUGAAUUUUGGCAAAGAAUCUCGUCGCUACAGAGACGCUUUCAAUUCUCGCAGUUUUCGGUCGCGCAGCUCAACUCGUAGAAAUGAUGAAACUAAAGCAAGUACCGUCGUACGGUGGCACAGCUUUCAGAGUGGCGAUCGGCCAGAUAAUAUUUUCAAAAAAUGUCAGACGCCAAAGGCGCAGGAAAUCGACGGCAUUCCAUUAGCAGCUAUGUCAUGUGGUCAACUUCAGGUCGUUCGUAAAUUAGCACUAGUCACAUUAACAGGUUAUAUGGAACGAUACUGUCCCACACACCGAUCCGGUUGGAAUUGGGAGCUGCCGAAAUUUAUUAAAAAGAUCAAAUCUCCUGAUUACAAAGAUAAAAAAGUAUUUGGAGUUCCAUUUCUACUGCUGCUCCAACGAACUGGUGAAACUUUGCCGAAGUCUAUACAGUCAGCGUUGAAGUGGCUCAAGCUAAAUGCAAUGCAUCAGAUUGGCAUCUUUCGUAAGUCCGGUGUUAAGUCAAGGAUUCAGAAAUUGAAAACUGUCGUCGAAGAAUCACCAGUCGUAUCGAUUUCGCUGUACGACAUUCAACAGGCAUACGAUGUAGCUGACAUGGUCAAGCAAUAUUUUAGAGAAUUACCGGACACGUUGCUCACAGCCAAAAUGUCUGAGACAUUUGUGGCAAUAUUUCAACACCUACCGCCAGAAGUUCGACCAGACGCUUGUCAAUCGGCUGUGCUGCUGUUGCCCGACGAACAUCGUGAAGUUCUGCAACAUUUAUUGGAAUUCCUAAAUAAUGUUGCCGAUAAUGCUGCCUACAAUCAGAUGACAGCGAACAAUUUGGCCGUUUGUCUAGCUCCUUCUCUGUUCUACAACGGAGCUACGUCUAUGAGUUCCAACAAUUUCCGAAUACCAGCAUCACCCAGGCGCCGUAAACCGACCGGCGUUCCCGAUCCGCGUGAACUGUCUGAGACGCGUGCAUCUCACGAAUGCUUAACGUAUUUGAUCGAAAACUAUCGCACCGUGUUCACCAUAUCCAAUGAGAAAAUCAUUCGCUGCAAUUUCGGCUACAUGGAAGAAUCAAGACCAGUGCCACUGGAAGUGCUCGGCGAAGGAUUGCAGGUGCACGAUUGGCGCGGUUAUUUGUACGAAUGUACGAGCGCAACGAUUAAAGAGGGACGCGAAAAGUCUCGUGGUUGGAUAUCCACAUCGUCGCCGGAUCCAAAUGUGGAAAUUGCAUUCAAAAAGGUCGGCGAUGGACAUCCGUUACGAUUGUGGAAGUUCACCACCGAAUUGGACGGGCCGCCGUCCCAAGUGCUACAAUAUGUGUUCAAAGAGCGACAUCACUGGGACCAGCAUCUGUUGAAGUGGCGAAUCAUCGAGCAAUUGGACGAGCGAAGCGAAAUAUUCCAAUAUGCGACCGGCGGUCAAACGAUAACGGAUUAUUGCGUUUUGAGGUCGUGGCGUUCGGAUUUGCCGCGUGGUGCUUGCGUUAUUGUCGAAACAUCCGUUGAGCAUGCACAGGCCAGUCUACUGCUGGGAGGAGUCAGAGGUGUUGUGCUCGCAUCACGCUAUUUGAUCGAACCGGUUGGAAAUGGACGAUCGAAAAUUAUGCAUUUGUCACGCGUGGACAUUAAGGGAAAAACGCCGGAAUGGUACAACAAAACCUAUGGUCACGUAUGCUCGCAUCAUUUGGCUAGAAUACGAAACAAUUUCAAACGAGCGGUUGAGGAGACGUAAACAAAAUUUGCAGAAAUUCGUUGAAAUUCAAAUUGAACACUUAGAAAUUACAUGUGUACCUAUUCGUCUAACGUCUACUACAUCCAAUAUUAGAAUACGUAAUCGUUAUAAUCUUAAUCGCCCCAGUCGCGGUGUCGAUUUUUAGUAGGUGGAGAAAAAUGUCUACAAAAUUUUCUGCCAUGUAUUGUCGCAAGGAAAGUGCAAUGGUGCAAGCAUCACCGUAUGAUGAGUGGGCUAGACACAGUAUUAUGAUGAUGCUAUCCGAUCGUGAAACGAGAGCUUUAAAUAAUGAUGAGAAUUGAAAUUGCGCCACCCAUCAUGCAGUGGCUAUUAGCACGCGUACGGAAACAGUCAGUUUGAUUAAUUUUUUUUUUCAUUAUCUUUGUUGCGCUGAGAUAAUUUUUGAGUAUUUCGAGUGCAAAUAUCCACCUUCAAGAGGACUACUAAAAUAUCGUUGAGAAAAAGAACCAAAACUUCAAAUGUUUAAGUCAGGGACUGAAGGAAAAUAGAAUACCACCAAGACAUGUCAGAUUCAAGGCCCUAAGGGCAAGGAAUAUUUUUGGGAGUGCGUUUUCUCACUUUUUGACCAUUUUUCCUAAAUUUUGCAUUACUAAGUCCCAUAUGCCUUGAAAACGUUUUCUCAUGAAUUGGAAUCUUAAUUCGAGAUGCAUUUUGAUUUAAUAACACCAGUCAGUUGUUAUGACUUAUAGAACAGUGAACAGUCGCUGUGGAAAACCAACUCAAAACAGUCCUACCUUACCUCAAAAAUAUGAAAAAAAAAUCCAGAAAAUACUAUCGACAAAGACUUGAAACCAUCCGAAUAUGUGCGAAAAAUGUUAAUGUAAAGUAAGUAAUUUAAAAAAAAGUGGAAAGAAAGUCACCUCUCCCAAAUAUAAAAAUUGAGCCGUUGUUUCUCUCUCUACCGAAGAGGAACGUUAAACUAAAUGUAUGAAAUUUAACAAAACAAAACAAAAAUUAUCAGAAAAUCGUCCAGUCCAUUCCAAAAAUGAAAGUGUUUUUGCGUAGCGAGCUUCUUUUUGAUCCUCGUUAGGAUACCGCCACCUUAGCUGUGUAUAAAACUGGGGAACCAUCGGCACUGUUACGCAAAACAUUUUAUUCCGGAAACCAUAAUUUUAAUUGCAAAGAAAAUAAUUUUUUUCCGAAUCCGAAAACGGUGAUAAAAAGCGAAACGUUGUUGUACAAAGAGAAGAACAGAAAAGUCACGGUUUCAUUAUGCGAAAAGUAAAUACAGAUACGAAGGCCGAAUGGCACACAAAUUUUUGUCUGGGCGGUUGCGCUGCAUCAAUAACAUAGUAUUUUUUAAGAAAAAGGACCGUUUGGAGCGAGAAUUGGUCGUAGAGGUGUUUCUGUGUCCUACCAGCCAGUUUUGAAUUAAAAAAAAAUAAAAUAAAAGGGAACCUUCACUACGUGAAACCUUUAAACUUUAAAUAGUUGAGUAAAGGGCAAAUCUACUUAAAGCUGAGCGACCUGAAAUCCUUCGAUGUCGAGUGAUCGAUAAACUAAAAAAAACCUUUGUUAACCAGAAAUAUUCUUGGAAAUUGUUUGAACACUAGAGGAGCCUCUCAUCAGAAGUCCCUAAAAACCCGAGGGAAAAACCCUGGAAAUUGAAGAAAAUCCUUAAAAAUAUGAUAGAAAUCCAGGAAAAAUCGUAAAAAAUCUUUUUCGAAUCAUAGAAAGUCCACGAGAAGUUAUUGAAAUUCCUCAAAUGGUUUUCUUUUUAAAAAUUAGUUUACAAUUAUCCCUCGGCUUUUUUCUGAGUUUUUACAAAAAAAAUCAGAUUUUGAAAGAAAUUCCUUUGUUGCACCUGAGCGAAGCGGGUGUAACUUAAUUUUAAAAAGCCGAUCAUCAAAUGUUUGUCGGGAUUAUCGUCUAUAAACGACAAUUACUUUAAUGGUGAAGCUGGCCGAGUUUGACAAGUCAUGUCAAACGUAUUUAGAAAAAGAAACGGAUGAAAAACACCAGAUUUUGUACAAAAUUGGUAAUGAAAUUGUACCCAAGUGAGGCAUCAAAUUAUUGAGAAAAAAAAGUUUCGUUGCCAAGAGGUGAAUGAUACUUGACAGCAUUCAUAAAAGACAUUUGAAAUUUGGUACCGAUCCGAACCAAUAGUAACUCAAUGAAUCUGGUAUUCUUGGUAAUUUGGUAUACUUACCACUUGAAUACAAAUGGUAAAAUUUUCGGAUGUCUUUUAUGAAUGUAUGCCUUUUGUCGCUUAUCUCCUUUGUCCAUUUUUUUCUUUCCUCCUUUUUUGUCCAGUCGUUUUGUGUGUAUAAAAUCCCAUUGAUCAGCAAUUUUUGCAGAAGCAGCAGUUCACACUUGAAUUUGUGUGCCACGGUUCAUCGUCAAAUCGUAUACUUUCUACCAUUUUGUUAAUUCCGACUAGUAACUCUAAUCCUUAAGAAAACUUAAUAAAACAAAAAUAAAACCGGUGCAGCUUUCAGAGAUAUAUAUUUAACACUGGUGCAAAUGUGGGUCCACAAAAUCAAUAUAUUUUUUAACUGUAAUUAUUGUAAACGUAAAUUGUAUUUUAGAUAUAUAUAUUAAGAAGUUAUCAAUUAGGAUGCGAAGUUAAAAUGCAAAAUAAGGCAAGAUAAAGAAGAGAAAAUCCAUUUUUAAUGUAACAAGAGAGGAGUAAAAGAGGAGAAUAAAAUGUAGAAGAAAAUGAAAAAAAAAGAAUUAACCCAAAGGAUGGUUCUAUAUUCUCGUUUUUAUCAAAUUUAUUUUCGCAGAGUGGUAUUUUUUAGGCAUAAUGUUGUUACUUUUAUGAUAAAUAUUUAGUGUUUAAAAGAAAAAAUCUCUAAAAAAAAUUAUAUUUGAAUUUAAUGUUACAGAAGAAAUAAAACAAAAAACAAUUUAUUGUAAAAACAAAAUGAAUGCAAAAUAAUGUGUUGUAAUCGUUAAACAAUAUUAGAAUAGAAAAGAAGAAGAAAAAACAUGAAAAAUACUCAAAUUAUAAAAUAUAAAAAAAAUCAAUUAAAAAUU